UAUACCAUGACAGAAAUUGAAAUUCCUCAGUUUUUUGCUUGUCCCAUUUCGCUUCAGAUCAUGAAGGACCCUGUGACAACCGUUACGGGCAUAACCUACGACAGAGAAAGCAUAGAAUACUGGUUGUUGAAAUCCAAACAUUGCACGUGUCCAAUCACAAAGCAACCAUUGCCGCGAAACGCAGAGUUCUUAACCCCAAACCACACGCUUCGGAGGUUAAUCCAAGCGUGGUGUUCAGCGAAUGAAGCAAACGGUGUCGAUCAGAUUCCGACACCGAAAGCCCCUCUUAGCAAUGCCAACGUUGAGAUGCUCGUGAAGGAUCUCGAAGUUCCUCCACGCUUUCAAAACGCAAUGGAGAAGUUGCAUAACCUUGCAGUAGAGAACGAGAGGAACAGAAGAUGUAUGGCUUCAGCGGGUGUUGCAGAAGCUAUGGUGGACGUGAUCACAAAGAGUUUCAAGCAGGGAAAAACGACGUCGUGCGUUGAGGAGGCUCUGAGGAUUCUUCGUUUGCUUUGGAGCAGUGCCAAUGUGGUGGACAGUAACCACAUGAAGCGCUUGGUACGUCAUAACUUUGACUUUCUGAACUCGUUGACGUGGGUUUUGCAGCUUCAAACUAAGAACAACCUCAAGGUAAUAAACGAAGCAUUACCUUUAUUGAAAUUGACAAUUGAAGCUAAAGAUUCAACCCCUUUAGGAAAUCUAGGGCUUGAAUUCUUCAGAGUGGUUGUGAACGUGAUGAAAAAUAGAGAACUCUCUCAGCAAGCUAUUAAAUCUGCACUGCAUGUGCUCAUAGAAACGUGUCCUUUGGGGAGAAAUAGAACGAAGAUAGUUGAAGCAGGUGCGGUGCAGGAUCUCGUUGAACUUGCGCUUGAAAAACCAGAAAAGAAUCUAACAGAACUGAUAUUCAUCCUUUUGGCGCAUCUGUGUUCUUGUGCUGAUGGGAGAGACCAGUUUGUGCAGCAUGCUGCAGGCAUUGCUGUGGUUUCCAAAAGGAUCCUUAGGGUUUCUCCAACCACCGAUGAUCGAGCUCUUCAUAUAUUUUCCUUGAUUUCAAAGUUUUCAGCGUCUAAUGAAGUCGUGCAAGAGAUGCUGAGGGUUGGUGCUGUGUCAAAGCUUUGCAUGGUGCUGCAAGCAGAUUGUGCUUCCCAUUUGAAAGAAAAGGCAAGAGGUGUACUUAGGCUACACUCCAAAACAUGGAACAAUUCUCCCUGUAUUCAAGUAUAUUUGUUAACCAGAUUCCAAAGGUGAUUGAUAAUUGAAGCUCCAAAUCCUUUUUUGUUCUCAAAAAUAUUUCUGGCUGUUUUCAUACCCUUUAUUCUGCCCUUAUAAUCUAUAUACAUAGCUUGUAUCAUGUCAAGUGUACAUAUUUU